AUGGCGGAGAAGGAGAUCCGGCUAGCAGUAGGAGGAGACAGUAGUGUCCUAAAGAAGAUUCACAAACUUCCACGUCACUUGCGUUCCAAGGAGGACAGCGACGUGUACGAUCCUAAAGUAGUGUCCAUAGGGCCAUACCACCACGGCAAACCACAACUGCAGCUCGUCCAGGGAAUGAAGCGCAAGGUGUUGGAUCAUUUCAUUUCCAUUUCCAAGCAGGAUUAUGAGUUCUACUUUAAGAAGAUGUUGGAGGUGGUGCAUAUGGCUCGGAGCUGUUACAUAUUGAUGGAUGAUGAAGAAUUUGAUGAUGACCAAUUCGCUGAAAUGAUGCUGCUAGACGGCUGCUUCCUAUUGAAUUACUGCCUGGUGACCACCGAUUACGGGGAUGAUGUUGCUACUAAUAAAGCCCUGGAGUAUUGCUCACCCCUGGAUAUUAUAACCUUGGUUGACGCGGCUGCAGGGUGGUUGUUCAUAGAACGCGACACCUUAUUGCUUGACAAUCAGAUCCCACUCUGGAUUAUUGAGCUCUUGUUUAACGCCACAUAUGGUAAUGCUAAUCCCCUCCAUACAUGGAAACAACUACUUUCCAUGACAAGCCAAGCAGCGGUUUGGGGAGAGAUUGUGUACGAGAAUGUUGAUGAGCUGGAAAAACAUAUUAUGCUGCAGCAUCAUGAUGGAGCACCGCUUCAUCUGUUAGAGUUUUAUCAUAUGCUGAUGAUGGUCAGCCGCCCCUCCUCCUCCUCCUCUUCAGAAGCAGCAGCAGCUAUAGGUAGCACCCCAAAAAUGUCAACAAAAGAGUUUUCAGAUGAGGGCAUCAAAUUCAACUCUAAUCUUCUGCGAGCAGAGGUUAAGCUUCCCGUUUUUGAUGCAAACGCCUUUACCCGAGUUUACUUCCAAAACAUGAUAGCUUAUGAGCUCUGCAACUACAGACGUACACAAUUUGUGGUAGGUAGCUACAUCAACUUUAUGAAAUCGCUCAUUGUUUCUCCCCAAGACGUUAAAGAGCUAAGAGAAAAGUGCAUUAUAAGAAGUGCACUUGGAGAGGACAAGGAGGUUGUCAAGUUGUUCCACGGGCUAAACACUCAUGGCUUAGAAAAUCCCAUCAUCUUCAGGGACGUCAAGCAUAAAAUCCUAAACUACUACAAUAGCAAAACGAAGACGUGGAUGGCUGAACUCACCCACACUUACUUCAGAACCCCAUGGACUGCUAUAGCUUUUUUUGCUGCUACUUCUCUUCUUGUUUUAACUUUUUUGCAGACUUAUUUCACCAUUAACCCGCGAGGUCACUAG